CAGCACAGUCCGAAGGAGGAGAUUUUUCUCCAAUAUCAGGGCGGGGUCUUGUGACUCACCACUAACUUCCUCAUAGACAGUAGAGCCGGUGAACUCUGUCACUCUUCAGCAUUGUACAGUUAGAGGUCUGAGUAGGCUGCAGUGAAAAAGGAACGGGAAAAGUUGUACAGUAUAAUAAUCUGCCACUGGAGUAGCGACCGGUAGACCGGCUGCAAUUCUCAUCAUUUGAAUGUCUGGUGACACAGCGCGAGAGGUGGGCUUCGAUUGUCAAGUCGCAAAGGUGCAUUCAACAGCAGAUAUAACGUCGGGGAUGGAACAAGUCACAAUGAGUGACCGGUUCGACUGCGACAACUGCAAGGAGUCCCUGUACGGACGCAAGUACAUCCAGGCAGACGGGGGAGAGGGGGACAACCCCUACUGCAUCCCCUGUUACGACAGCCUGUUCGCCAACACCUGCGACGAGUGCAAGGAGCUAAUCGGCCAUGACGCCCGGGAGCUGUUCUACGAGGACCGCCACUACCACGAGCACUGUUUCCGUUGCUUCCGCUGUGACCGCUCGCUGGCGGACGAGCCCUUCACCAGCCAGGAGGAGGCGCUGCUGUGCAACGACUGCUACUGCAACGAGUUCUCCUCCAAGUGUGUGGCCUGUGACAAGACUGUCAUGCCAGGCACGAGGAAGUUGGAGUAUGGUGGCUCCACAUGGCACGAGGGCUGUUUCAUCUGCCACAGCUGUGAGCAGCCCAUCGGCUCCAAGUCCUUCAUCCCAGACAAGGAUGAACACUACUGCGUGUCCUGCUAUGAGGAUAAGUUCGCCCCGCGCUGCACCCGCUGCAAAAAGGCCCUGGCUAAAGGGGGCGUGACGUAUCGGGAUGAGCCGUGGCACAAGGAGUGCUUUGUGUGUGCGGGCUGCAAGGUGCAGCUGGCAGGGCAGCACUUCACCUCGCGCGAAGACAACCCCUACUGCCUCAAGUGCUUCGGCAGCCUAUACUCCAAGAAGUGUGAGGCCUGCAGCAAGCCUAUCACAGGUUUUGGCGGAGGGAAGUACAUCUCGUUUGAGGAGCGCCAGUGGCACCAGCCCUGCUUCACCUGCACAGAGUGCUCCGUCUCUCUGGUGGGGGCGGGCUUCUUCCCCAAUGGAGACCAGAUCCUGUGUCGCGACUGCAACACCAACAGCAAUCUAUAGACCACACACACACCGUAUCGCCCCUCUCCUCACACAUGCCCGCCCGCCUAGGUCAACCCCAGGGCCCCCCUUAUCACUGCCAAGGUUGUUAACACAGACCCACAGACUGCCUCUCAGGUCAUACACACACACACACACACACACACACACACACACACACACACACCUUGCUCACUAGACCACAGCUCAAUCCCUCAUCCUCCCCCAGUGCUUUCUGCCGCUUGCUGUCAAAUACCAGAGCUAAGCAUCAGGCUACUGAAGCACAGA